AUGGGAAGUCAGAUCCAAAAAUCUAAUAUAAAAAUUGUUAACCAUCCUUCUAAAAAAUUACAAAGACCUUAAGCAAAGGCAGUGUUUGAGGAAGUAAGAGUUAAUGAUCCUGGAGCACCUAUUAACUCUUCUUUAAUAGAACUCGAUAAUUGUUUUAUUGAUGAUAAUGUGCUUGGCUGUUAAGAUUAGAACAAAACCAUAAAUAAUUCUUCAAAUUUUGAAGAAAACAAAAAAACUCAAGAUUCAAAUAAUUUCCAUAUCUAACCACUUAAAGGUAUAUUAAAAAAGGAACCCAGCAUUUCAUAAUCUCCUUCUCGAUAUUUUAACGAAGAAGCUAAAUUUGUUAGAUUUUAACUUACCCCUAAAUAUCUCUCAAAGCAUAAUUCUAGAGUUGUUAAAAGUGUUAAAUCAAUUAGAAAAUCUAGGAUAACAAGUCUAUUAUGAAACCCAG